CGAAGUGCUCAUAGGGCGAUUCAUGAAUCGAUUGCUGGGUUUGCGCGGAAUACUUCAAGAUUCUUGGCAACGUAUUACCCAGCAACACAUUUUGGAACAUUCAUCAGGCUCAUUGUGACCAUAGAGACCCAUGCGUUCCAAGUCAAUCGUUCUUUGAAACUGUAUAAUGCAAAAUUUUACUAACAGCGCAUUCGACUCGCAACCAGAAAUUGAGCCGAAGCCAUUUGAAGACAGCUUCGACAAACGAGGAAAGGCACUAAAAGUACGAGUUGCAGCCGCGCUGCUUUUCGAUGGACACAUGUAUCCGUCAAAGCGAGUACGGUAUAAUGUCGAGGAUACCAAGGGAAAGCAAAGUCACAUUCCAUGCCACGCGCCCAGAGGAUUGAAAAGAGGCGGAAGUGGUGACACCACACGAUCAGAUAAUUCAAUUCUGAAUACCCCAUCGACUACAGAUGACCCGAAGAAAGCCAUUGCAUCGAUGCUCGAACAAACUCAUGGUAACGCAAAGCUUAAAGAAAAUGAAAGUCAACACGGUUUCGACAUGAAAACGGUUGCUGACAUUGACGAACUAUCGGGCGAGGCUGGAGUCGAUGGAAGUACUUUGGGGAAGGGCCGGCGAUCCUUCCCGGAGCAGCUCUUGCAUCUUCUUGAAGACGGAUCUGCGGCCGAAGCAGCAUGGUGGCUACCGGGAGACACCGCAUUUGCAGUAGAACCGUUCCUUUUCCAAGAAAAAGUGUUAGACAUCUAUUUCCAAAGAUCUAAGUUCGAAAGCUUUAUCAGGAAGCUGAAUUGAUGGGGUUUCAAACGGAUGUCCGGAAAACACAUUCCUAAGGACUCGGUAGCUUUCCAUCACAAAUUAUUCCGCAAAGGUCAACCUGAACAAGUGAAAAAGAUGAGAAAUAGCCAGCGCAGGGAUGUUCCGCCGAUUCCAAGAGAGGAGCUGAAUCCAGUUUUCGAAGCGCCGAAAACUCUCAAGCAUGACACUUGCCGUCAAAGUACAGCAAGUGGUGGUACGGCUGAUUUCUUGAGAUUUCUCGCUAAUUCUCAGGAAGUCGGAGUGCGGAUCUCUGAAAUCAAACAGAUUCGUCGAAUGCUGGGACGUCCAACUCUGCCAGUAGAGACUCGAAUCCAGCAUCCUUUACUAUCACUUCACGCGUUCUCGUCAUUUUCCUCACAUGUGCAGGAGCUGGGAUCGCAACUCAGUACACUCCAACAGAUGGAUCUGCACCGUCAGCUACUUGUCGCGGACAGCAACCUGAUGCAUUGGCAAAGCGAACAGGCUCACAAUAAUGAGAAUCAAGCUUUGCAGAUCCAGAAUCAGCCCUCGUUGUCGGAACUACAGGAAGGGCUAGCUAGAGGGGAAGGGUUUGGUAUUUUGGAUGCUGCCGGUAGGUCAACACCGCAGGUCGGUCCAUCUCAAUUGGCACAGUCUCAGAGAGCCGAGGUUUUUGGAAAUACACCUCUUUUCGUCACGCAGGCAGGAGCAUCCGAAUUCCGUUUUCCGAUGUAUUCUUCGCCUCAGUCCCAUGGUGCACCAACAAGCUCAACGGUGCUGGGGAUGCCCAUCAGAAGCUCGUCAGGGAUAGCAGCAUCUAGUUUUCCAUCGCGUGAGCACAUGAUCUAGCAGAUGCUAUUUCUGCUGCAGCAACAACCUGAGCUGCGAUCGGACAACAACUAAGUUGGCGCAAGUUCUCGCAAAGAAUCUGAAGCGCGAGUCCUUUUCCGUGGGAGAUCCAGCAGAGUUCUUAUUUUGGAUCUUAUUUUGGAUCUGAGACGUCGGAUGACACCCCACUUUUGAUUACCUUGUGUCGCUUUGGCUCCAUUUGUUUACAGGAACGCUGUCCAAAGUUGCACUCUCUUUCCUCCUUGGCCUUAGCGCCUGCCGAAUGUAGACAAAGAAGUUGGUUGCGUCAGUACGAAGGUAAUGACUGCAAUCGAUGCGGAUACAGUAGCAUACAUUACAAUCGAGCUUUGCUGACUGAAUUAAUAUUUCGAAUAAUUGGAGUCGUUCUUG